AUGCCAUCAGCUUCAACAAAGGAUAGUAGACGCCUUACAGGCUAUCGAGGUGAUACUGCAGACAGUAAUCACAUUGGACAGAUUCAGCACCACUCGCUCUAUGAUGAUGAUAUGGAAGACUACCAACUUUAUACAGCGACAGACGACGACGACGUUUAUGAAGAAUAUGAUGAAGAUCUUGAUGAUCUUCAACAACAGCAGGAUGAUGACCAAGAUGACACUGGUUCAGAAUUGAGUAUACCUGAUCCAAAUAUCGAUUUUGAUAUGGUGUACGCACUCCAUACGUUUGCUGCUACAGUAGAAGGUCAAGCUUCGGUCGUCAGAGGAGAUGCUUUAACAUUGCUGGAUGACAGUAAUUCGUACUGGUGGCUUGUCAAGGUGCUGAAAACAGCUGAAGUAGGUUACAUUCCUGCUGAAAACAUUGAGACACCACACGAAAGAUUGGCUAGACUGAAUUCUCAUCGCAACAUUGAACUCACUCGAAAAGAUAUCCAAGAUGCCUUCCCAACACCACCCUCUAAUAAGCUCAAGAAGAGAAAGCGGGUGACACUUGCUAAAGGUGUGCAGUUCCAGUCUCAAAUCAUCUAUGGAUCCAGCGAUGAUGAAGAGGAUUUCGAAGCAGAGUUUGAGCAAUGGGAUGAAAAGAUGCGCUCCGAUGACUCAGAGACGGACGACCAGGAUUCAGAUGAAGAUAGCGAUGACCCAUACAACUAUUAUGAUGACCAUAACCAGAGCUACUCUGACCAAGCUGACCUGUAUUCGCCUUCUCGCGGGGGAAAUGAAGCAGCAACAGUAGCAGAAACCGCAACCUACCAACAACAACAACAACAACAACAGAGACGAUCUCUAAUCAACACCAAACCUAUCAAUAAUACCAGCUACGUCCAUCACAGCAACAACAACACGCAUUACACUGAUCCCAUCGAUCAAUACAACCAAAUCAGCAAUGACUCUGACAUUAUCAAUGACCUAGAAGAUCACGUUGCCCGCGACAUGGAUAGAAAUACAUUGAAUCUGGAAGACGAGACCAUCAAAAUCUCACUGACGCCCUCUAUUGCACGCGGCUACGAUGACCAACAACGCAACUCUGACAGCAGCAUUCAAUCCAAAUUGAAAAAGGCAGCCAAACUGGACAAACUACUUGGCCCAUCUGCAUCGCCUGAACCUUCUGUACAAGAACAGCAGCGUCGUAACUCUAAAGAUAGCAAUAGUGGCAAGAAGGAGAAGUCAGGUAUUCGCAAGUUUUUUAGCAGAAGCAGUAGUAGCAGUGGUGGUAGCAGCAAAGAAAGCAAAAAGAGCAAGAAAUUAGCUACACAGUCGAGUUUGGAGAGACAAUUGUCCGGUGGAUCCAACUAUGAGACAGCGUCCAUCAGCUCCCAGUCGACUGGGAUGAUGUCCUUUGAUCGUGAUCGUCAAGGCAGCUUGGAUUCCUCCAUCAUGACUGCUGCAGCUGCAGUGCAACCCACUCAGCUCAAGAUUUACGCUGGAAAUAUCACUGAUUUUGGUCAUGAGGUCUACAGACUUGCCUUGAUCUACCCCUCUACGACUGCACUGGAGCUCAUCCAUCAAGUCAUUCAUCGUUCCAAGGAUGAUAGUGAUGAUGCCGUGUUGAUGGAAGAGAAUAUGGUGGCCUACCAUGACUACUACGUGAUUGUCAAAACGCCGGGUGGUGAUGAGUUUACGCUGGUGCCAUCCGAUAAGCCGCUAGAGAUCUUCCACUCCCUGACAGCUCAUUUGAAUACACCUAUGCCAUCGCUCAAAAAGGCUAGACGUAUUUCGCAACUGAUGGGCAGCGACAAUACGCAUAUUGGAGGCCCCACCAAGGAAACAAUGCACCAACAGCCAGAUCAAGUCCAGUUCUUUUUGUUUUCCAAAACAAAGCGAAUCGAAGAUGGUGAAAUUCAAAUCAAAGUGUCCUUAUUUCCUUCUCAACCACCACCACCACAACAACAACAACAUUACAAUGCAGAUCAAUCUAAAAGAGUGGAUAAGCUUGUCAAGAUUCCAUCGAACAUUUUGAUCAAGGACGCUGUGACAUUGCUGUUGGAGAAAUUCCACAUUUUAAAUGGCAUUGUAGCUGGUUCAACUACAAAUGACAUUGAAUCACUGCGCUUGGAUGGCGACGACGAACUUGUCAAGUAUCAACUAUACAUCAACAGAGACGGUCAAGAGCAUUUACUCGAUACCACAGACAAGCUGUUGGACACAUUCGGCGUUGAUCAAGUGCCACCUAUCCACUAUCGCCGCAACAGUAAUCCAGAUAGAAGCUCUAUUACAGUCAAUAUCACGCCUCCCGAAAAGACGGAGACGUUUUUUAUCCUCAAGUGCACGAAUGAUGACAGGGAAUACCAGCCUCAUCAUCAGGAGGAGCAGCACCAGCAACAUAAAAAGCCUCACCGUGUGAUGAUGCGACAAGAUACACCUAUGCCUCGCCAAGAGACGACACCCACAGAUGGGUUCACUCAGCAGCCGCUUCCACAAUACCAGCCUCAAAUCGUACUCGAUACGCGUGAUAUGAUGAGCAGCCCUGAAGACGCCAUGUUUGAAAGUAAACCUGUCCUUUCAUCUUCACCUGAUUCCAACGAAGAUGUGUUAUCUCAAUUAGAUGAGGCAAUCGAUACCCUUACACCCACAACUCCUCCACCUAUGGCUCCCCCCCUUCAUCAUCAACAACAACAACAACAACAGCUACAGCCUCAACUCCAAUCACCUCCACCACCUCCGUCACAAAAGCAACGCCCUCGUCCUGAAUCCACUGAAUCCAUGCUGUUUUGCAAUGAUUUUGGCAUGAAUGAUCUGAUGGUCAUUAUUCGUGGUGCAGCUCAGCUCGAAAAACCAACACAGCCUGCAAGACAAUCAUCCUACCAGAUUCGAAGCGAAAUCAGUGAAGUCUUUAAAGAUAGUCAGACGAGACUAGAUCAGUUGGAAAAGGAGCUGGAUCGUAUCAUGGCUGAAGCUGUCAAGGUGUAUCCUUGA